CACACACACACACGAAGGGAGGCAGAGAGAGGACCCAGGCCUGGAGGCAGCAUCUACGGGCAGAAGGGGCUCCCAGAGGGUCCCGGGACGGAGCGGUACUGACCAUGCUGCCCUACCUUCCCCUGCUUCUCCUGAUGGGGCUGUCUGUGUGCGCUGGGACAGUUGAUGAGGACCUGGCACUCGGAGCUGAAGCACGGUCCUGGGUAACCGUGACCCUGGAGGAUGGUGGCAUCCCUCUCAUUCAGCUCCCACUUCAGGAGGUGAAGAAGGGCAAAGCGAGCCAGUUCUUUGGGCUGAUGGGGAAGCGGGUGGGAGGAACACCUCUUAUCCAGCCAGAGAGAAGAACAGCUCCACCUCUUGGGCACCAGCAGGGGCAGACGGCACAGGGCCCCCUGGGCGGGGCGGGGCCCUCUACAGAAGGUAGAACCUUUCCCAGGCAGAGAGGACGAAGACCAGGGGUCAGAGUGAGAGCGCCCACUGCACACCUCCCAGGGGACGAAACCCCGUCUCCAAACCUGGACAUUACAGCUGACGGCAGCCAGGCCCGCUCUCCUCUCCGUGCGCCUCCUGCGCCCGACGCUGGUGUGUCCCACCCGGCCUCCCUGAACUCACCGCGGUUCCUUCCGGGACUCUCCGGUGUUAGGCAAUGGUGAUGCAUAAAUGCACUGUUGUCUCAGUUGUGAGCUGGGAGCGACCCUGCCCUCCCCUCAGCACUCAGCACCCCCCCCCCCAUCUCACUGCUAAGCAGGGCCGAGUGCUACCCACUUCUAUGUCUCCUGUGCCUGGAACGCAGUAGGAGCUCAAUAAACGGACAAACCGUGAG